AUGAAGUGGCUGGGAGAAUCCAAGAACAUGGUGGUGAAUGGCAGGAGAAGUGGAAGCAAGUUGUCUAAUGACCAUGCGCAGAAUCAGACCAAAUUGCAGCAUGCAGGAAAGGAGAAUCCAAAGACAGGCAAAAAUGGAGUGGAGAGAAGAUCCAGCAGAUGUAGCGGUGCUUCAGGAUUUGAGGGUCAAAGUCGUUAUGUGCCUUCCUCUGGAAUGUCCGCCAAGGAACUGUGUGAAAAUGAUGACCUAGCAACUAGUUUGGUUCUUGAUCCCUAUUUAGGUUUUCAGACACACAAAAUGAAUACUAGAUUUCGACCCAUUAAAGGAAGGCAAGAAGAACUAAAAGAGGUGAUUGAACGUUUCAAGAAAGAUGAGCACUUAGAAAAAGCCUUCAAGUCCUUGACGUCAGGUGACUGGGCCCGGCACUAUUUUCUUAACAAGAACAAAAUGCAGGAAAGGUUGUUCAAGGAACAUGUAUUUAUUUAUUUACGAAUGUUUGCAACUGACAGUGGUUUUGAGAUACUGCCUUGUAAUCGGUAUUCUUCUGAGCAAAAUGGAGCCAAAAUUGUUGCAACUAAAGAAUGGUAA